AUGAAGGUCUCUGUGGCUGCCCUCGCUGUUCUCAUUGCCGCCUUCUGCUACCAGACCUCCGCUGCGCCACUUGGCUCCGACCCACCGACCUCCUGCUGCUUCAGCUACACCUCCCGGCAGCUGCCCCGCAGCUUCGUGGUGGAGUACUAUGAGACCAACAGCCAGUGCUCCCAGCCGGCCGUCGUAUUUGUCACGAAGAAGGGCCGCGAAGUCUGCGCCAACCCCGAGCAGGACUGGGUCCAGCAGUACAUGAAUGACCUGGAGCUGAACUGAGGUCCCGGGACAGACCCUACUGCCCUGUGUCCCCCGGCU